AUGAAAUAUUCUCAAUGCACGAUUCAGAGAAGGCUGAUUGCUAACCUCAGAACCCUCACGUACUUCAAUAAAUUGACUAUUGAAGAUAGUGUACGAAAAGAACUAGAAUAUUCCAACAACGAAUUAGAAAAGCUUACCAUAUUCAAUAAUAAAUUGGGAUUCGAAUACAUUACUAGUAAAAUCUCACCGGAUACAACUUUAUUCACUUCAUCGAGUCUAGGGGCUGGCUAUCGUUCUUUAGUGAAUGACCCAUUGGAUGUUGAAAAAGUCUUAAGAGAUGUAGUAUCAUGCGGACCGGGUUAUGUUGGCCCUUACUUUACUCUUAUUAUGACUGGUGUGUUGUUUGGUACAAGGUGGACCAUAGCUCUAUACCGGACCCAUCUCUUUUUUGCCCCAACAUAG